AUGGCUUCGAUAGGACAAGCUCCCUCCAGCCCGCUCUCAACAAGUGGUCGCUUGGACAACGGGUCCACAUCGGGUCAUGCUGCCAAUGGCUCUAGCAGCAGCAACGGAGGAUUUGCAGGGUUCGCCUCCUUGCUGCGAAGUGCAGGGAGGAAAAGCACAGAGUCGCUACGUAGCGUCAGGAGCAGCGCUUCAUUCACAAGCAGUGCUGGCAGGAGACGAAGCUUUGGUUCUUCAAGAAGGAAUCUCGAAGUCUUUGAGCCUGUGCCACCCCUUCCUCCUGCAAAGGACUCUCCUUCUCGUCCGCAGACAUCUGCGGGCCAAUCCGUGACAUCCUUUCAGUCGCUAGAACCGCCCGAAUCGGGAUCUGCUGGCCGCCAUCACCACGACAUGGCUAGGCAGGUCUCGAGUCGCUCGGCGAGCAGGCAGGCUCCGCCUCUACACGGCCUGCGUGAGGAAGGCGGCGAAGACGGUUUGGCGCCACUAGCAUCCGAGACUGGAGGAGCAAUGCAUCACUCCUCGCCCUCAACAUCGUCCAGCCUGGUCAGUCGGGCUCGCUCUGCUCGUCGAGGACUCGGUGGACUGGGCAGUAAGAUGGGCCUCCCCAAUCCUGUCGGCAGCCAGGAUCUGACGCCAGACGAGGCAGAUGGCGCUAAGACGCCUACAGGUCGAACAACGCCUACGCAGUCCGACUUCCAAGCUCGCAACGGAACCGGCGGCACCGCUUCGACGUCGGCGCAACCACAAGGCGGAGACGGCAAUACCGUUGCCCAGCUAUAUGCCGUCUUCGGCCUUCCUAAAGACCCCUCAGUCUGGACUCUCGCCGAGGAAGACUGCGUUGCCGGCGUGCACCACACGGACGGCGCAGUUGGGCGAUUCUGGCGUCCAGAGGUGCUGGGCUGCUCCAUCUGCCCGUCUCCAUCAGAGAUCUUCGCGCGUCAGGCUAACGGUGGGACGGGAUCGCACGAGUCGGACACCAUUGGGUCAGGGAGAGGCGAUGCAGAGAAAAAGUGGGAAGGGAGGAGCGCAGAUGGAAAGAAGGGCUCGACAAACCCCAAAUUCAUUGAGAUGGCAGACGGGAGGGGAAGGAUCGAGAAGGCUGAGACUGCGAGAGUUCUCAGCAAGGCGCUCAAGCUGUCCUUCACUCGCGAGAUCGAGAUCGUCUCUGGCCAAAACAACUACCCGCCGAUGGCCACGUCGCACACCUUCUCCUUCAGCGUCCCCACCCUCUCAUCCGCCAGCGGCGAAUCCCUUGACCGGGCGGCAGCGGUUGGCUCGUCCUCUGACCUGCGCAAGGGCACAGGGGCUGUUGGCGUAGGCCACCACAAACCUGCUGCGGCUACGGGCGAAGGGUACGGUAUGGUCAACGGCGGGUCCGGAUCAACUCGCACGACCGGCUUCGAGGAGAACAGUGCGCCCGCGACCUUCUACGGCGUCGUUCUUACAGUCUGGUCCGCAGCGGAUGAGCGUCGCGCCAAAGCGGUCAAGAAGGAGCUGAACCGCGCAGCCAAGCAGCGAGGCGGCACAAGCUCCGGAAAGGACAAGAAGUCGUCGUCUCGUGACGACGACGAGGGCGCAGAGGGCUUCCUCCCAGCGAAUAAUGCCUACUUCAUGCCCUACGCCAUCUGCAUCAUCUCUCGCUACCCGCUCUACGAUCUUCUAGGUGAUUGGAACAAGUGGGCCUGGCACAAGUACUCGCGCAAUAUUGAGAUGCACAACAAGCUCAUGAGCAUCAUCCUUUCCAAGCCUGCCCCGAGGCUGGGCUCGAAGCUUGUAGUAGACGCGGCUGAUGGGGAUUUGGCUUUCACUACCACCUUCCCUGGCGCGCUCGAGUGGGGAACGGGGCUGAUAGGCAUCGACUUCACCAUGUGGCCCCUCUUCAAGACUUUGUCGCUGGACAACAUACUCACUAUCUGCGAAAUUGCCCUGGCCCCAAAUGGUCGCGUACUUUUCCUUUCGCGCCACCCGGCUCUCCUUGGCUUGGCAGUCGAGACGAUCAAGUACUUUGUCGAGCUUCGUGGCUGGCAAGGGGUCGCAAACCAGAAUUGUCAUGCCCGCGACGUCAAGAUCUACCUCGAGGACCCGGGGACAUGGAUCAUCAGCAUUAGCACUGAGCUGAGGAGCAUUGUCAAGCCAGCGAAGGAGGUCUGUGUCGUCGAUCUGGAUAUCAAUUACGUCAACUGCCCGAACCCGCCUCAAGGGGCGCCGAGUACCAAGGGGUUGCGAGAGAAGAGAAAGAAGAAGCUCGUCAAUGCUCUCGGCUUCUCAACAGGUGACUUCCGGCCCCCGCGCGAGUUCAUCGAGGCGUAUCCUGGAGGCAGGUUCCGUCCGAUGUCCAGCGUUGUCUCCCGCUCGGGCCAACACACGCCCUACGAUCAGCUCGAACGUCCCAUCUGGUGGGACCAACCACGCGUCAUCACCGCCUUCGACAAGACUCUGCACGACGGCACUCGCCCUUCUCCCCUUAUGAAGCUUCUGCGAAUGCGAGCAAGCAAGAAUCGUACCACCUCCGAAGCAGAGCUGGCAGCCAUCCUCGCCCUUAGGAAGCGUGCAUCGACCUUCGUUGACGCCCGCGACGGCCUAGAGAACAAGAUCGGUCGUCUGAACAAGCGCCUGGCUUUCCUCAUGUCUGAGUCCGAAAUGUGGAAGGCUCAGUUCUCCAAGAUCCAGCAGCUGGUCGACCGCCUCACCAAGGAAGCAAACGAGACGCGCUCCAAGCUUGACAAGGAGCGUCGCGAGUCUCGUCGCCUCUCUUCCACACUUGCGCAGAGGGACAUGGAGCGCGUCCAGUUGCAAAUACAGCUCAAGGAGACGGAGGACGCUCGUGAAGCUGCUCAGGCCGAGCUCAACACGAUGCAGCGCGCUAUGGAUUCGCUCGAGCACGAGAGGGAGGCCAUGAUGGAUGAGAUUCGGGGUAUCAUCUCUGGCGCGGAUGGUACGGAUGUGGACGUUGCGUUUAACAUGAGCAAGCUGGACAUCUACAAUGACUCGAUGGGCCAUGGAAGCUCGAGGGCGAGCAGCCCAUCUGGUAGCCAAAGUUCAAGCAACAUGACUCCCUCUCAAGCUGCGGACAGGAUACUGAAAGCCCGCAAGGCGGCCGAGGACCGAAUCAACGAAGGUCAGCCCUCUCGCUCUCGCUCUCGACUGGCAGCGCCGGCAAGCUCGGCAGGCCAUAGUGGCUCAGCGCAGCGUCAUUCUCCUCCGGCGUCGAGUGCAGGCAAUCACUUCCCCGAGGAUCAGAUGAACUACGAGAUUCAGAAGCGGACAACCAGCGUUACAGAUCAGAUCGCCCGCAUUCAAUCGCAGCUGGAGAACACGCUCAGCCAGUUGGAGGACCGCUCAAAGUCCCACCGACAUCGUCGGACGAGGCGGGACUCUAAUGGGUCGUAUACUAGCUCGUCGCGAUAUGAGCAUCGUACGCCUAGUAGUCUCGGUGGGCAUGGAGGAGCAGCUAGCGGGACGGACCAUGAGAGUGCUGCGACUCACCAUCGCGCCGGUGAAGAAUCCGAGCUGGACUACGAGUCCUCCGCUACUACAGGCGGUGCUGGCGCUGGAGGAUACGUGUCCUCUGGCUGCGACAGCGCAGCCUCUGCUGCACGUCGCGAGAGGAGGAGGCUGCGUCACCAGAAGAGGGCGGAGGGUCCUCCCACGUCCUACCGAGGGCCGAGUGCGAGCAUCGUAGCCGCUACGACCGGUGUGGGCAGCGAGGAAUUAGCCGCGCAGGAUGGUGCGACCCGCGGCGAUGCAGCAAGACCUCGUGCGUCGAGGUCGAGCAGUCGUGAUCAGGUUUUGCAGGAGCGCGACAGCACCAAUGCGUGGAAGUCGACCACGACCACUGUCGCCCCACCCGCCACUGCCAUGUCCGUAAGCACGAAGAGCGAUGCGACGCACGACUCGGAUGCUCCUACGACUACGACGGUCUCCACGGCGGACACGAUGCCCAGUGCUGCUACAACCGUCGAAGACGGCAAAGUUGACGAGAAGGCGGAGCCGGAAACGGCUGAUACCUCGUUGGACAGUGCGGCAGGGGAGGCAAAGGCGGACGGGAAGGCGUGA